UACAGGACCGGACCCGAGGAGGAGACAGGCAGAGAAGAGAACGACCGAAAAAUAAGCUUAUUAUUGUUUAAUGCGAGGCGAUUUUGAUGUGCACGAUGGAUGUCUUAAGUGGUUUCAUUUGAACACAUUGGAAAUCAUUUCCACGCAAAACCACCGAUUUUUUUCUUGCACAUCACAGAUCAGGAUACAAGGGCCCUUCGACCAAGGGGGCGAUUCGUAACAAAUUGAAUUGUUUUGGAUCGAGGCAAUCGAAAAUCCGUGAUCAUGGCGUGGCCCUGCAUCACCAGGGCGUGCUGCAUGUCCCGCCUUUGGAACCAGCUGGACAAGGCUGACAUUGCGGUGCCUUUGGUCUUCACCAAGUAUGCUGAUGUCUCCGAAAUGCAGCACAUCCAGCUGCAACCUUCGCUCCAUCAAAAACAGGCGCAUUACCCGCGUGUGACCAUAGCUGCGCAGCCCACCCGGGCAGAGCAGGGCUUCGCGGCUGGCUUACCGCGGAGGAGCGCCUCGGAGGAGCGGGUCAGUAGCUCCGUGAUGCGCCAGGACUAUAAGGGCAACUGGAGAGUUCGCCCCGAGCCUAGCUGUAAACCCAAAAAUGAAUACCACAACCCGGAGAUCCCCUUUAACACCGAGACACAGUAUCAAAAGGAUUACAAGCCGUGGCCCAUCCCCAAAAGAGGUGACCACCCUUGGAUUUCCAAACCCCCCCGCUCCAUCUCCGUCGGCGAUGAUCGGGUCUUAGACCGGUCCAGACACCAGUCCAAACACGGGCUCGCCGAGGUCGACGGUGGCGUGGAGAAGAGCGCCAUUGCCGACCAGGUGCAAGAGAAAGACAUUUUCCAAAGUUACAGAAAAAAGCGGGUUAAUUAUAAUACCCAGGCAGAGAAGAAGGUGGUCAUUAAAGUUGAAGGAGGGCCCGCAACAGAGGGCCGAGGCAGGGCAGCAGUUGAUGCUCUAAACAGACAAAUAAAGGAGGAAGUGACCGGUGGAAGCUCAUACAGCACGGAGUUCAAGGCCUACAAGGACGUGAAGCCAACCAAGAUGAUCCGAGCCAAGUCCCAGUACCUGCCGCCUGACGACAGGCCCAACCUGGAGACCAGCUACAGCAACUCCUACCAGGGUGUGCAGUCCAAGCCCCAGCCGGCCGACAACAAAGCCCUUGAGCGCCGGAGGAUACGCAGCCUGUACAGCGAACCCUACCUGGACCCCAGUAAACAGUCGGACAGGUACAGCGCCACCCGCACCAAGCCCAAGAAGGCCGGCGGCGCCGCCAAGACGGCGGGGGGCCCGGGCAAGCCGGUGAAGAAGGCCAGGCAGGACAAGCAGGGCGCCGUGCUGAAGGGGUCCAAGAAGAAGGCCCCGGAGGAGGGGCCCGCCGGGCCCCCCGCUGCCCCGGGGGACAAGGAGAAAAGUAAAGAGAUGAACAACAAACUGGCUGAGGCAAAAGAGGUUGUGCUAAAACAGCACCACUACAUACAACUCUGCCAGCCAAUCCGAGACAUUGGCUGGGUGCAGACCCUAAAGCAACACCUGUGGGGCUGUACGCUACCAGAUCCCAGGGAAGCUCAUGACGAGGGUCUCCGAGCCGAUCAUCGUGGUGCCCAGGGUGCUGCCGGAGGAGAGUCAGAACCUCUCGUGGUAAGACCCGAGCCCCGCCGGACCACUGGGGUGGUCCGCUUCGCGCCUGAUGUAAAACCGGCGGAUUAGCACACCGACUAUCCAAACCCAAGCAACAGCACUUCAGUGUAAGAUGGCAGGAGAUAUCAGUAGUAGUGUACAUAUAUAAUGGUUUGGGUAACGCUUUAUUUCGCAGACUGUUAUUUCCUCAUGAAAUAUCUAAGUGAUGAUAAUAAUACAAAACAACAAAACCAUGAAUACAAAUUAUUUUGGGAGUGAUUAAUACAAAGGUAAAAUGGAGAAAAAACACUUGUACAGAAAUUAUCUAGUAAAGUCUGUAUAUGGGUUUUCAGUAACCAGACUAACACUAGGAAGUGCAAUAUCAACGAUGAUGAUUGUAUCAUAUGCAUAUAAUAUAUAUUUAUCAGAUAUUAACAAAUUAAAGAAGGCUGUGAUAUUUUUCUUUGGCAAAGAUUUUAUAUAUAGAAUUCUUACCUACCGGUAAAGUUCAGGGUGCAUAUGUGUACAGUAAACAACCAAACAGAACCUAGUUCAUGAAUAGUCUACAUUUUACCUUCAUAUUGGUCUGUGAUGAAUUUAAAUUAUGGAAUAGCCUGUAAAAUAAAGUGUUACCAUGACGACGUGUGACUAGGUUAUAUUUAGCAAAAGAGAUUAUUGCUCCAUAACCCUAAAAGCUUCCUGUUCGCCAAAAAGAUCACAUACUGUAGGUCACAAGCAUGUUUGAAACAUGUCUCACGUUUCUCAUCCAAUGCAUUAUUCCAUCGGUGCUAUAUAUUAAUUUCAGGUCACAUUAUAUUGUUUUCAAAACAAUGUUUUAAUGGGAAAUCUGUUCAGAAUAACCACACCAUUAAGUGCUUCUAUAAAUGUAUAACAAAAAAACAGAAAUUGAUGUAUGUGAAUCAGUUUAAAUGUAA